CUCCAGGGCGCCGCGGGCCCCCCCCCGGGCGCGGCCCGCCAAUGGCCGCGGGCCGCGGCGAGAGCGCGGCGCUGGCCCGCGCGCGCACGCCGCCGGGCAGGGGCGCUCCGGGCCGGGCUGGAGCCGUGCCAGGCGCCACCACGCAGUGGGGGGCCGCGGGGGUGCUGCUGAGGCCGGCGAGCGGGCGCGGCCCCCUGCCGCGGCGGGACCGGGCGAGGCCGCGGCAGGGCUGCCGGGGCCCCGGCGCCGAGCCCGAGGCCGCGGCCGGCGCCGGCGGCGCGCGGCUGGAGCCCGUCGAGGGCUACGCGGGCCACGGCCGCCUCCCGGGAAGGAGCCCGCCGAGGCGCGCGAGGCCAGGGCCGGCCUCGCCCGCGCCAGCAGUGCCCUCGCGCCGCCCCAGGGAUUCCGGAUCGCCGCUCUCUCGGCCCUCGACGCCGUCUUGCAGCGACGACCGGGAGGUGUGGAACGACGGGCGGGGGAAGUACAAGGGGUGCGGCUACCGCUACCCCCUGAGGAGCGAGCAGGACCAAUCAGCACAGGGCAGAGGCUUCCCACGGUUCGCGCAGAGUUGUUGGGUCGGCGCUGGAUCCCCCUCCCUGGCGCGCGGAGCGCGCCCGGGGCGGCGCCCGGGGCGGCCGCCUCUGGGGGGUCCAGCGCCGAUCCAAGGCACCCGCGCGGAGCUCGGAAAGCUGUCGUGUCUGUGCAGCCUCCAGCUGCCCUUCGAGGAGCAAGCUGCUGGAGGACUCCCAGACGCUGACGGCGAAGCUGCUGAGCCCCCUGAUCCAGCAGGAGCUGCGGCGGCUCGAGGAGUCCCGCUGGCUCGGCACGCCCAGCCGCGGCCUCGGAAGCACGGAGCCGGAGCUGCUCAAGGGCCAGGCCGCCUCGCAGCCAUCGGAGAAGACAAGACGGCACAAGCAUAUACAGCCUUCGGAGCUCCAUGCGGACCUCCCGGAUCGGCGCUGGAGCCCCUCGCGGGCGCGCGGAGCGAUGCCCGUGCCGCCUUCUCUUCCGAGCCGGCGGUGCUCGAGCGGGCGCCGGCGGGACCCCGCCCCCACGCGCGGCGCGCCUCCGACCCCAACACGGCCGGCGCCGCGCCCCUCGGGUGGCCGCCGCGCGCCGGGUGGUGAGAGCGGCCCCGCGGCGGGCGGGCCGGGCGAGCCAGCUUGCCGUCUUUCUUUUGCAGGCUCUGCGCCGGUUGUGCGAAUUCAUGUUUAGGCCAGGAUGCAGCGGCACCGUUGCCUGCGGCGGCUCCGCUUUCUGCAAGCCAGUAGGGAUUGCUCUUGUCUUCCUUUCUACAGUCUACCGACGUCCAGUGUGAUUUCUCCAGUCGGCUUCAAUAGACGGCUGCGGGACAUUCUGAGGACGAUCCGCUGUGACCUUCCGGAAUGCGCCAAGCGCGGUGGAGA